GUUGAUUUGGGCACCGACCAAUUGUAUGUUUCGUUGUUGGGAGGUCUGCAAGUUCAUUAAAAUAUUGGUGUGUCUAUUGUUGUGCUUUUGAUUUUGGGAACUACACUACUUAUUGAUUAGUGGGAGGAGUUAAAAUGAUCAGGUAUCUUGUUAGGUUUAGCUGCAAGCACUCUACAUGGGAUAAGAUUAUUUCUUCGGCUUUCUCGAACUUUUAUAGUUCAAAUAGUACUUUGUUUUGAAUGCAGUUGAAUGCAGUUGCUGAUUCAUUUAUCAGCUAGGUGACUCUUUAGGUGUUAGACUGAUUCAGUAUGGUAACUGCAGGUCGGAAUCGUACCUUUGGUGACUUUAUUGGUGCAUCUGGAAUCACAGAUGGAAUGCUUGACACUUUGAUUUCAUUGAAGGAUUUUCAAGGGAUAAAGGGAUUGCCCCCUCUAUCAGAGCUUGAAGACAUUCGUUAUGAGAAAAAUACCAGAAAAUCCUCGAGAGCUGAAAUAGAGCGCCAGAAACAGGAGGAAGUUGCCAAAGCAAGAGUGAGAACAGUAGACGACAAGGGGAGAGCUUAUGGAACAGGAAGAAGGAAAUGUAGUGUAGCACGUGUCUGGAUUCAUCCUGGUAAUGGUAAAUUCACAAUUAAUGAUGAACAAUUUGACGCCUAUUUUCCAAUGCUUGAUCAUCGUGCUGCUCUCCUCCGACCUUUCUCUGAGACAAAAACGUUGGGCCUUUGGGACAUCGCUUGUACUGUUCAAGGAGGAGGCACCACAGGUCAAGUUCGAGCAAUUCAAUUAGGAGUGAGCAGAGCCUUGCAAAAUUGGGAACCGGACUUGCGUCCUGCUCUCAAAGAAUCUGGUUUCUUGACAAGGGACUCGCGUGUGGUGGAAAGGAAAAAACCCGGAAAAGCAAAAGCAAGGAAGAGCUUCCAGUGGGUCAAGCGUUGAUCAGGUACUCCGAGCUUGGCUUUCUGCGCAGUUUUGUUUGGAACUUAAAAGUAUGGUUUACUGCAAUAACUUAUUGAGAUCCACUCGUAUGGCAUUUCAAGUGUAGCUUGUGAUAGACGAUGAGUGGUAGAAGAAUUUUGUAGAUUUUGUGGUGUGAGAAAACAUCCGGAGCUAUUCGAUUUGUUUCUGAUCCUUCCUUGCUUCCAGUCGACAUUUUGUACUAGACUUUGACUGGAUUUAUUUGCGAACUCAGGUAAUAUUUGAGUUGUCUUAUGAA